GCUGUCAUAUAGUCAGCGUAUUGCUAUAUGCGAGUCAUUUUAAUUUUAUUUUUUUAAAUCAUAAAAGUAGGAUUGUUUGUUGAAAUAAAAGAGUUGGUCAAAAAUAAAACUCUUUUUGAAGCAGUUUAAAAAAAUCCCAUUUUGUUUCAAGUUACUAUUUUGAUAUAUAUCAAAAAGAAAAGUUAGGAGAAAAACGAUUCAGAAUGGAAGUUCGAUCACUCUUGCGGGACUUUACAUUACUAGCUAUAUUGUUGCUGCUGACGUCACAACAGACGAUCGGUCGAUCGAUCGAUGAGCUGAUCGCUGGCGCCUCGGCAUCGAUCGGAGGAUACGAUUUCCUGAUGGACGUGGACGCCAAGGAGAUCCGCACUGAGCUGGACAUGAUACUGACCGCUGAACAGUACAAGGCGCUGCAGGAUUAUGCUAAUACAGCGGGGGACGACGCUUCCUCGGAAAGAAUUAAACGAAAAGCUCUCUUGGAUUCCAAUUCUCGUUGGACCAAUAAGAGAAUUCCUUACAAAAUAGCCCCCAAUGUUUUCAAUGCGAACGACUUGGCAGAAAUACAGAAAGCUAUAAACGAAUGGCAGAAUUACACUUGCAUCAAGAUAGAAGAAGCCAGGAGCACGGAUACAAAUUUUGUAUAUUUCGACAAUGGAAAUGGCUGCUACUCGUAUGUCGGGAUGAACAGGGGUUCUCAAACUCUCGGACUCGCUGGGGGCUGUAGGUAUAAAGGUGUCGUCGUUCACGAGAUGGGGCACGCAGUGGGUUUCCAUCACGAGCAGAACCGUCCAGACAGAGACAACCAUGUUGAGAUCAUCACUCAGAAUAUUCCAGAAAAUCUGAGAUACAAUUUCCAGAAGUAUCCUUGGUCCGCUGUUACUACUAUGGAGGUUCCUUAUGAUUACAAGAGUGUCAUGCACUACGGCGGUCGUGCGUUUACUCAAAACGGCCAGCUGACCAUCAAAACAAAGGAUCCUGUUUACCAGAAUGUAAUAGGCAACCGUGAAGGGUUGAGCUUUUACGACAUCAAACUCGCUAAUUUGAUGUACACAUGCGACGAUAAAUGCCAAACCAAGCCUGUGUGCCCAAAAGAAUCCUUCGUCGGGAAAGAUUGCAAAUGCUGGUGCCCGGGCACCCCGGGGAACCCCAUCAACAUCUGCAGCAGCACCCCCGGGUACACCGUCACCACGGCUAAACCCGUCACCAAGACGACGGUGCCAGGGUCCGGAUGCAACAACAUGAACCCGCUGUGCCAGGACUGGGCCGACGCCGGCUACUGCCAGAUCAACAGCUACGUCAAGACCUACUGCAAGGCGUCCUGCCAAACAUGCGAGGUCGCGCCCACCACCACCGUCGCCGCCUGCCGCGACAUCGCCCAGCACUGCUCGUUCUGGAAAGGUCAAGGCCACUGCGAGAGCAACUACGCCAUGUUCAUGAAGGAGAACUGCGCCCUGACCUGCGACACCUGCGGGAAGCUCCGGAACAUCAACCCCGGCGCCAGGACUGACGCGCCCGGCGUCACGGGGGCUGGUGAUGACGCAACAGUCGUUUCCUUGAAUUUUCUUUUGAUUGGUCUAAUUUUGUUGAUAAACGUGUUGUGAUUAUGUUAGUUUUUUUUUGUUUUUUUAACUUCAAAGCGCCUUGCACUUAUAUAACAAUAUGUCUUAAUGUUUGUUUAUGUAUACACGUUUUACUAUUCAUAAUGACAAGUUUCAAUUGAAAAUAAAAUACGGAAUACUUUUCAUAAAUCCAUUAAUAAUUUUAAAAAUAUGAUCAUGAUAGAAUUUUAAAAUACAAAAUGAAAAUAAAUAUAGUCUGCAUAACAUUAUUUUAUUAUCACAUUAAAUGUGUUAUUUUUAGCAUACACCAUGACGCAAUAUUUUUUACAUAUGUUUUAAGUAAAUUGAUUUUCCUGUGUAUCGCAUACAAUUGUUAUGUGACAUUACUAAAACGUAUCUCAAGGUACACUUAUGUUUUCUCAAAUAUUAAUCUUUAGCAUACUGCUCAAAUUUGUACAAUAUUAAUAUGAAGUAUAUCAGUUAACAAAUGAACAAGGUGUACUGAGGUGUACUAAGAUAAGUGUAUGCAUGGGAAGUUGGUGGGGGUGGCUGCACUAAUUAUCCCUGUGUCAGUAUGUCAGUAUUACUGAUUUUCCACUGUAAAUAGACAAUUUAAAAUGUGUAUUGAUAAAUGAUUUUAUUUUAACAAUUUUUAAAUAUAGAGUGAUUGUUUUACUUGAUGUUUUGAUGGGUGAUUGGUUUCUAAAUGUGUAAAGUGAGACAUAUUAGACAAUAUUGUAAUGUGUUGUUUCAAUAUUUAAUGCUGAAUGGUUCUGACGAAUACCUGAUGAUUUAACUAUAUUUUCCCCACCUGUUUAUUGUAGUUUUUACACUGCUUUUUAUUACACAAUUAUUUCAAUAAUUUGUUGAAUAACUUUUGAAAAUAAAUUAAUUUUAUGUCUUAGUUCACAAAGCAUUGAUACACUUUGAAGCUCAAUUAUUUUUUUUACUUUACUAUGAUACUGCUCAAUUAUUUUUAGCAAUAAAAUUUUCUACAAUAAAACCAUUAUAUUAUG